AACUAUGGUCAAGAUGGGCAUGGAAUUGGGAUUGGAAUUGGAAUUGGAAUUGGGAUUGGGUUUGGGUUUGAGUUUGGGUCCUCGCUCUGAACAGUGAACACAAAUCCUGACUCAUUCGCUCUCUUCUCUCUCUCCCUAUCUCUCUGUGUCUGUCUGGUGUUUUAAAAGGGUAUUUUGAUAGUUUCAUUUUAAGGUAAAAUUGUGGGUACUUCGAUAAAGGCGGAGCUCGAAAUGAACGCUGCCAUGGCUGUAUCAUCUGUACUCUUCACUAGCUUGUCGCCGUUGCAGCCACUCAGGAUUGAGGUGAAAGCUGCGAAUCUACCGAGCUUGAGGUGCUCUACCAGGUCACAGUUUUUUUUAAUUAACCAGGAUGUGUCAAAUUCGCAAAAUGAUGGUCGUGGUCGUCGAAGAGUGUGGAGGCGAAGAAAAUUGGCAAAGAAGGAUGAGAUGGAGUACAAAUUGCAACGAAUUCCUUUCCUUGAGGAGCAGGUGAGAAAAGUAAGAGAAGGGGGAAAGCUUUUGUCGAUGGACAUAGAGAGACUAUUGCUGUCUGAGGACAAUCGGUUUGAUUUUGUGAAUGAGGUGGCAGCAGAGGCCAAACAGUAUGUUGAGAACAAUCGAGACGAGUAUGGUGGAAAGAAAGCCAUCCUUCAUGUGCUAAGUAAUCGGAUGAAUGAUGCUGGGUUUUAUCGUCCUGAGGCAUAUAUGGAAGAUGACCCUUACAAGCCGGGUCCUAAUUAUCUAAGAGAAGAACUUUGAAGGGGGUAUACACUAUACAAUACACAUUAAUUGUUAACUGAAGUAUGAAAUUUGUUGUUUUACAUAAAUGUAUUUCCCAUUUAUAGCAAGUUUUAUGCCCAUAUUACAAAACGAAUUAAGCUAUUCAAGCUGGACUUGUGUUUGUAACAUUAGGAACUCAUUCGAACUUGGCUUGUUAUAAAAGUACAUGAAGUCUGAAUACAUCAAAAUAAACUUCUGA